CUGCAGUUCAUUUAGCUGAAGACCUCAAGGAAGAGCUGACCUGUCCUGUGUGCAUGGACUACUUUAGCCACCCAGUGACCUUAGGUUGUGGCCAUAGCUUCUGCCACCUGUGCCUCCUCAGGAGCUGGGGAGAAGCUGACCAGCCCAGCUUUUGUCCUGAGUGCAGAAGAGCCUUCCACAUGAGAGACCUAGAGCCCAACCAUCGCCUAGAGAAGCUGGCCAGCAUAGCCAGGAACCUCAGGCCCUACUUGCUGCAGAUCAGAGAGGAAAAGAUAACAUGUGAGAAGCACAAGGAGGAACAAAACCUGUUCUGUGAGGAGGACCAAGCCUUCCUCUGUGCAUCUUGUUUCCAGAGUCAGGAGCACAGCAGUCACACGGUGCAGCCUCUAAACAAAGCUGCAGAGGCUUCUCGGGACAAGCUCCAGGAAACUUCCAAUCUUCUCUGGAAAGAAGUGGAGACCAUCCAGAACAUGCUGGCUAAAGAGAGGCAAAAAGAAGAGAUCUGGAACAAACAGACAACUGCUUGGAGGGAGAUUGUUAGAGCUGAAUAUGGAAGAUUACUUGAUUUCCUCAAGGAUGAAGAGAAGUGGUACCUUCAUAGACUAGCUUGGGAUGAAAGGGAAAACCUGCAAAAGUUAAGAGAAAGUGAAGUCAGGUUCUCACAGCACCUUCAGAAAUUAAGGGAAGAGAUCAUAAACAUUGAACAAAUCUGCCAGAAACCCAAUCCCCAGCUUCUACAGGUAGCAGGAGAAACAUUUAGAAGGAUUAAAUCACUGUUGAAUGACCAUCCAGAGCCUGCCAGACAUCCACUGACCAUGACUUGCAUCACUGGGAUGUUUGAAAUGAUGAAUAAAUUCAGGGUGAAUGUGACUCUGGAUCCUGAAAGUGCCUCUCCCUAUCUCAUUGUGUCAAGUGAUUUGAAGACAGUCAGAAAUGGAGGAUACCUGCAGAAUGUACCUGUCACCCCAGACCGAUUUGAAGAUGAGAUCAUUUUGGGGGUUCAAGUCUUUACCUGUGGCAUUCACUACUGGGAGGUGCAUGUGGGAGACAGUCAGCAAUGGACAAUGGGAACAAAUCAGAUGGGAGAGCUAACAACGGGUGAGACACUGACAACAGAACUGAAUCCAUUAGCAUCUGAAGCCCUCAAACUAGAGGGAACUUGGUUAAGAGCCAGAUGGUCAGAAGGGGUUGAGGACAAGAAAUCAAAAUGA